AUGGACGAAGCUGCAAGCCAACAACCGCUGGUUGUUCAAAGUUUUUCAACCAACAACUGCUCACGUAUCCUGCAGUCGAGAUUCACAGCAAAUAGUCCAGCUACCGAGUCAAGGCAUCAUUACGAUGAAGCCAGGAUGUACAUUAAGGUGCACGAAGAUAAAAAUGCCUCAGAUCAAGAGAAGCUGUUUCAUCUACGGUCAGCUUUGAAGGGGGAUGCACUGCAGAUUAUUCAAAACAUGCCGUUAACCAGUUCAGCAUAUGAAGGGGCUUUGGAAGCAUUACGUAAAAGACAUCACACCAGCCUUCAUAUUGAAAAAUCGGCUUCAGGAGGCAACAAAGGAAAAUCAACAUUUACCACAAUUAAAGAAAUGCAUCAUGUAUUAAUUGCAACAGCACAGAUACGAGUAAAAUCGAAGCAAAACGAAUACAUCACCUUGAGAGCAUUAAUCGAUCCUUGUGCUCAGGCGUCUUCAAUCAGCGAGGAAGCCGUACAGAUAUUGCAGUUGCCAAAGCAAAGAACAGAUGUAACACUGCAUGGACUUGGGGGAGCAGUCGUCGGUAAAGCAAAAUCGAAAGUUAUUAUCGAAGUGAAACCCAGAUUUUUAAGCGAUUUCGCUGUGAAUAUAGAGUCAGUCGUACUUCCUGAGUUGGCUUCAGUUCAGCAGGAUCCAACGUGUGAAUACGAUAUAGAUAAAUGGGAAAAUUUUACGCUAGCAGAUCCGGACUUUACGUCGUCAGAUAGAAUCGACGUGCUAAUUGGAAGCGAUGUCUACCACGAAAUCCUUCAAGAUGGUAUUCACAAAAAAGAUAGUAUAUUGGCGCAGAGGACGAAGCUAGGAUGGAUACUGUCGGGACCGACUACGGAAAAAAAGGGAAGCAGCAAGAAAAUUGUAGCAACUACUACUCUGGAAAGAUUUUGGGAGAUACAGGAGGUGAGCGACAAUCAAGCAGUGACAGAGGAUGACUUUUGUAUAUCAAAUUAUGGUUCAACAACAUCGUUAGCGAAUGAUGGCCGGUUUAUGGUCAGACUUCCCUUCAGGGAAGACGUUGAAUUAGGAGAUUCACGUAAAAGAGCUAUGGCGAGAUUUUUGAACAUUGAAAAGAAAUUAUGCGCCAACCCUGAACUAAAAAUGGAAUACAAACAGUUUAUGGAAGAAUAUAUUAGUAUGGGGCAUAUGGAACGAGUAGAGCCGGAAAUACGGGGAAAAUACUACCUUCCCCAUCAAGCUGUCAUCAGAGAAAGCAGUAUAACUACAAAAGUAAGAGUGGUGUUUGAUGCGUCUUCCAAGACAUCAAAUGGAAGAAGCUUGAACGAUAUUCUCUACGCUGGACCAAGAUAA